AUGUCCGCUCUCCACGUCACUUGGCCACUCGUACGGUCCUCAGCAAGAGAUUACUGUUCUACAGUAACUUUAGUGGAUCCAUCAGGUGGAAAACUGACCUGCAUGCUGUUUAGUGGCAGCCCUGACACACUCCCAAAAAUCUUCAAAGUUGGUGAUAUUGUUCGUUUUCAUAGGCUAAAGAUUCAGGAAUUCAACAAAGAAGUACAGGGAGUUACAAGUCCAGGCUUCUCGACCCUAACAUUUGAUGGAAUUUUGGGAGCUUCUUUGACUCCUCGGACAACUAGCAAACGGUACUGUUUCACUGAUGAGGAUAAGAAGAUGGUAGACAUGCUGCGUAACUGGGCAGUCACCAGUUCUGUAGUCUCAGAACCAACAAUCCAGUUGUUGAGCGUUCAGCCAAUGCAGUAUUUCGACUUAACCUGCCAGCUUGUGGCAAAGGCAGAUGUGGAUGGAGCAUCAGUCCUUCUGAAGGUAUAGAGGACAGUACCUUAAAUUC